AUGGCAAUCCAGGCUAACAGUCAAUGCGCUGAAGCUUAUAGUAAUCUUGGAAAUGUAUUCAAAGAACGUGGAGAACUAGCAGAAGCUCUUGAAAACUAUAAAUACGCAGUCAGACUGAAGCCAGAUUUUAUUGAUGGGUAUAUUAACCUAGCCGCUGCUCUGGUUGCUGGAGGUGAUCUGGAUCAAGCCGUUGCAGCUUAUCUAAGUGCACUAAAUUACAAUCCGGAGCUGUAUUGCGUGCGCAGUGAUUUGGGAAAUUUGCUGAAGGCAAUGGGUCGAUUAGAAGAUGCGAAGAUAUGUUAUUUGAAAGCUAUUGAAACGCAACCACAGUUCGCUGUGGCUUGGUCUAAUCUCGGUUGCGUGUUCAAUGCCCAGGGUGAAAUUUGGCUGGCAAUCCACCACUUUGAGAAGGCUGUUCAGCUUGAUCCAAACUUUUUGGAUGCAUACAUCAAUCUUGGAAAUGUUCUGAAGGAGGCCCGAAUUUUUGACAGGGCUGUUGCUGCCUACCUUCGUGCUCUUAAUCUGGCUUCAAACCACGCCGUUGUUCAUGGGAAUCUAGCGUGUGUUUAUUACGAACAGGGGUUGAUUGACUUGGCCAUCGAUACUUAUCGUCGAGCAAUUGAGCUGCAACCAAAUUUCCCAGAUGCUUAUUGCAAUCUUGCAAAUGCUCUGAAGGAGAAGGGCCUGGUACAAGAGGCGGAGAACGCUUAUAUGACUGCGCUUGGGCUAUGUCCAACACAUGCCGAUUCCCAGAACAAUUUAGCUAACAUUAAGCGAGAACAGGGAAAAAUCGAAGAGGCCACGCGGCUUUAUCUUAAAGCACUUGAGAUAUAUCCUGAGUUUGCGGCUGCUCACAGUAACUUGGCCUCGAUUCUUCAACAACAGGGAAAACUUCAGGAAGCCAUAUUGCAUUACAAGGAAGCGAUCCGAAUUGCUCCAACCUUUGCGGAUGCCUACUCAAACAUGGGUAAUACACUAAAGGAAAUGGGAGAUGCAGCAAACGCUAUGCAAUGCUACACACGUGCCAUACAAAUCAAUCCUGCUUUUGCCGAUGCCCAUUCAAAUCUAGCAAGUAUACACAAAGACUCUGGUAAUAUUCCUGACGCCAUUCAAAGUUAUUCCACAGCACUGAAGUUAAAACCUGACUUUCCUGAUGCUUUUUGUAACCUUGCGCACUGCCUUCAAAUCAUAUGUGACUGGACAGAUUAUGAAAAUCGUAUGAAACGAUUGGUGGCUAUUGUUGAUGAGCAACUGAGCAAGAAGCGUCUACCUUCGGUGCAUCCUCACCACUCGAUGCUUUAUCCAUUAACUCAUCAGACUCGAAUAGCUAUAGCUGCAAAACACGCUCAGUUAUGCAUUGAAAAGGUAGCAAUGUUGGGUCACCCACCCUUCAACUAUCCGGAUCGCUUGAGCGUACGCAACGGUGCUUCUCGCCUUCGUGUGUUCUGUUAUGCUUUGUCGGCCAAUGAUGGCACCAACUUCCGUCAGAAGCUCAUAAAUGAGGCAGAGCAUUUCGUUGAUUUGUCACAGAUAUCAUGUAAUGGAAAGGCCGCUGAUCGAAUAAACCAGGAUGGAAUCCAUAUUCUAAUAAAUAUGAAUGGCUAUACAAAAGGCGCUCGAAAUGAAAUAUUCGCUCUGCGACCAGCUCCGAUUCAGGUUAUGUGGCUGGGAUAUCCUGGUACCUCUGGAGCACCCUUCAUGGACUACAUUAUCACUGACGCUGUAACAUCUCCGCUUCGACUUGCACACGCUUACACAGAAAAGCUCGCCUACAUGCCGCACACUUUCUUCAUUGGAGAUCACGCUCAAAUGUUGAAGCACCUGACUGAACGCGUUAUACUUAAGGUGAGAAAGAAGUUUUUUAUUGUUUAG